AUGGCGUGUCCUGUGGCAGAGCUGAAACCCCUGAAACACAUCAGCAGUUAUGAGAUUCUGCCUCCAGACUUUUGUGAGCUGAGGGUGAUUCUUCUGGGGAACAGCUGGAGUCUGAAGGCCUCAGUGGGAAACCUCCUUUUGGAUAAGACACAGUUCAGUUUGGACACAAAACAACAUAACUGUGUAAAAGGCAGUGGAACAUUUCAGAGUAAAGUUUUGACCGUGGUCAACUCUCCAGACCGGCUGCUCACCACCUCUCCUGAAGAACUCACACAGUUUAUUGAUGAGAUUAAAGAUGAGAGUUCCCCUGGUCCUCACGUGUUCCUGCUGGUCCUAGAGCCUGACGACUUCACUAAACAACACAAAAGCAGAUUAGAGUCAGUCCUGCAGAGCUUCAGUGACGAGGCCUUCCACCGCUCACUGCUGCUGAUGUCCAGGCCACAGACACAGACACCAGGGUCCACAGACAGACACAUGAGGGAUCCAGGUAUAAAGGACAUGAUCCACAGAUGUAGGUUCAGAUAUCUGUGGGUGGAUCACACUGAUCAAUAUGUCACUGAUCUGAGUCUGAGGGAUUUCAGACGUAAAGAGCUGUUUACAAGAAUCAGUGAGAUAUUGAAAGUGAACAGUGACGUGAAACCUGAGCCCUCUGAGGAGGAAGACCCAGGUCUGACUUUCAGUACAAAGCCCUCUCUGAACCUGGUUCUGUGUGGGAGAACCGGAGCAGAGAAGAGCUCAGCAGCAAAGUCUAUUUUAGGGCGAGCAGAGCUCUUUGCAGCGAGCCGCCCAGGGCAGUGUGAGAAACAUCAGGCAGAAGUGUGUGGGCGCUGGGUGACUCUGGUGGAGCUGCCGCCUCUGUCUGGAAAACCUCUGGACACAGUGAUGCAGCAGUGUCACCUCUGCCUCUCCCUCUGUGCUCCUGAGGGCGUCCAUGCCUUCAUCCUGGUUCUACCACACGGUCCUCUCACUGAUGAAGACAAGGAUGAGUUAGAUUUAUUACAGUGUGCAUUGAGCAGCCGCGUCUGUGACUUCACUGUGGCCUUGUUCUCUGUGAAGUCGGACUCCGCUGCAGUGAACCUCUCCAGACAGAGUAGUGUGGAUCUCAAGGAGCUGGAGAGGAAGUGUGGAGGAGGAGCCAUGUGUCUGUACAUCAGGGACCAGCAGCAGGUCCUGGAGGUGAUGAAGACUGUGGACAAAAUUACACUAAAAGGCAAAAGAGCUUACACUAAAGACAUGUUUCUAGAAGCCCUGAUGGAGAAGACACCAACAUCUCCAGAGUUGCCUUUGAGCCCCAUGUGUCUGAGGAUUGCUUUGAUUGGAAAAUGUGGCAGUGGCAAAAGAGCAUCUGCAAACACUAUUCUGGGAGAGAAAAUUUUCAAACCAAAAGUUGCUCCUAAAAAAACAAAGACGAGUUGUGAGAAGGCGAGUCGCAUAGUUCAGGGGCGCACGGUCACGAUCGCCAUCACGCCCCCUUUGUUCGAUAAGAGUUUCGGUGUGGAAGAGCUCUCCAAAUGUGUCUCUCAGCUGGCUCCAGGACCUCACGCCUUUUUACUGCUGCUGCCAAUCGGGAAUAUCCACAAAGAAGACCGGGAAUCACUACAGCUGAUCAAAGAGACUCUUGGCGAAAAGUCAAAAGACUUUGUCAUGGUUGUUUUCACCAGAGGAGACGAGCUGGACAGUCAGUCUUUAGAGAGCUAUGUAGAUGAUUGUGAUAGCUUUGUUAAGGAUAUAAUCAAGGAAUGCCAGGGCAGAUGCCACGUUUUCAACAAUAAGGAUGAAACCAAUUGUGUACAAGUAGCAGAAUUACUAAAAAAGAUUGACAAAAUGGUGCGGAUGAAUUGUGGCUUUACCAAAGAGAUGUUUGAGAGUGAGAGGAAAGAUGUAAAGAACAAAAAGGAGAUGAAAGCGCUCCAAAAUCAGCUUACAGAGAGUCAUAAAAAAUGUGAGCAGGAGAGAGCUCUGAAAAAUGCUCAGCUCAAGGAAAAGGAGGAGCUCAUCAGACUUGAACGACAAGAAUGGAGGAGACAUCAGGAGGAGGUGACCAAGAGACACAGGAAGCUGGAGGAGUCGCUGCGUUCGGAUGCCAGGCAGAGGCUGGAGGAGGCGGAGAGGAGGGUGGAGGUCGAGGCCAGGGAGAGGAGGAAGGCUGAGGGGCAGCUGGAGCGGCGGCGGCAGCAGUGGGACCAGGAGCGCAAGGACCUCCUGGAGAGCCGCUGCCAGGAGCUGAAGCAGAACCUGGAUGUGCAGUCAGAGAGCUACAGGCAGCUGCUGGAGGAGUAUCUCCGCAAGCGCAAAAAGUGGACUGUUAUUCUGUUUGUGUCUUUGCUGUUUUCUUUGUUUUUAGUUUAUUACAUGGUGCUGAGUCAUGGAUAA